UGGAGAUCAGAACCCGGGUGCUUUCAUCUGGCUUGCCACAAUCUGACAGUGCUUUCUGGUUCCUGGUGAGCGUUUCUCAGUGCCCAGGUUUGGCCAUGGAAGGGUGGAGCUGCCUUGUGACCGGAGGAGGAGGAUUUCUGGGCCAGAGGGUCGUCUGCUUAUUGGUGGAGGAGAAGGAUCUGCAGGAAAUCCGGGUGCUAGACAAAGUCUUCAGACCAGAAGUUCGGGAGGAAUUUUCUAAGCUCCAGAGCAAGAUCAAGCUGACCCUGCUGGAAGGAGACAUUCUGGAUGAGCAGUGCCUGAAAGGGGCCUGCCAGGGCAUCUCGGCGGUCAUCCACACUGCCUCUGUCAUUGAUGUCAGGGAUGCUGUCCCGCGAGAGACCAUCAUGAAUGUCAAUGUGAAAGGUACCCAGCUGCUGUUGGAGGCCUGUGUCCAGGCCAGCGUGCCGGUCUUUAUCCACACCAGCACCAUAGAGGUGGCUGGGCCCAACUCCUACAGGGAGAUCAUCCAAGAUGGCCACGAAGAAGAGCAUCAUGAAUCGGUAUGGUCCUCCUCAUACCCAUACAGCAAGAAGCUUGCCGAGAAGGCAGUGCUGGGAGCUAAUGGGUGGGCUCUGAAAAAUGGUGGCACCUUGUACACGUGUGCCUUGAGGCCCAUGUACAUCUACGGGGAGGGGAGCGCAUUCCUUUCUGCCUUCAUGCACGGAGCCUUGAAGAACAACGGCAUCCUGACCAAUCACUGCAGGUUCUCCAGAGUCAACCCAGUCUAUGUUGGCAAUGUGGCCUGGGCCCACAUUCUGGCCUUGAGGGCCCUGCGGGACCCCAAAAAGGUCCCAAACAUCCAAGGACAGUUCUACUACAUCUCAGAUGACACGCCUCACCAAAGCUACGAUGACCUCAAUUACACUUUGAGCAGAGAAUGGGGCUUCUGCCUGGAUUCGCGGAUGAGCCUUCCUAUUUCUCUGCAGUACUGGCUUGCCUUCCUGCUGGAAAUAGUGAGCUUCCUGCUCAGUCCAAUUUACAAAUAUAACCCCUGCUUCAACCGCCACCUAGUGACUCUUUCAAACAGCGUGUUCAUCUUCUCCUAUAAGAAAGCUCAGCGAGAUCUGGGAUAUGAGCCCCUCUACACUUGGGAGGAAGCCAAACAGAAAACCAAGGAGUGGAUUGGCUCCCUGGUGAGACAGUACAAGGAGACCCUGAAAACAAAGAUUCACUGACUUAGGAGUGACAACGAUGGGAAUGUGGACAUGUGGGUAUGGUUAGCAGAUGUCUAUCGAGCGCUCCCCUUGAGACUUCAUACAGAAAGUAACACAGACACAAGCCUGCGUCCUCCUGCCUCCCUUUUAGAAGAUGCUAAUCUGCCUUCCGCCUCCAGAAACUGUGUCUUUCGCUGGCCCAAGUGGAAGCUUUCUUCCCUACCCGCCUCCAGGGGACAGACAAGGUGAUUUGCUGCAGCUGCUGAUACCAAAAUCUCAGUGACAGAUUCUGAGUUAUUUGGGCUUCUUUUAACUUCGAAUUUUGCCUCUUAGCUCCACUUUCUUUGUUAAAUGUGAAAGCAUUUCUUUUAAAAGUUCAUAUUCCUUCAUGCAGCUCAAUAAACAUGAUCAACGUUUUCAUGACUCAUCGGGA